GAUAAAUAAGAAUGAUACUUCUGAACCUGCUAUGAAGUAUCGUGGAAUCCAAAAAUUUCUAAAAGAUUUUGUCGCAGCUUUCAUCUCAACAGGCACUGCCAUCUUUAUGGGAUAUCCCAUGGAUACAGUCAAAGUGAGAAUGCAACUCUAUAAUUCAAAGAGUGCCUUCAGAGUCUUCUCAGAGAUACUAGCAAAAGAAGGUGUCACAGGCAUGUACAAGGGGGCUAUGUCUCCUGUACUUGGAAGAGCUCCAACUUCUGGAAUUGUCUGGGCAUCUAACGCUUACUGUAGACGCAAACUUGAACCUUUUAAAAUCAAUCAAGAGACUAAAUUUGUGUUAUCUGGGAUCUUUGCUGCAAUCGUAUCGGCUCCUGUCGCUUGCCCAAUGGAGCAUCUAAAGAUCAAAAAGCAAGGGUAUUCCGAAGGCAAAAUUUCUUAUAUGAAGUUGAUCCAACAAGAAAGAAUCAGAGGGCUUUAUAAAGGGAUAGUUCCUAUAAUUGCUAGAAAUGUGCCAGGAUUUGGAGUGUUCUUUUCAAGCUACCAUAUUCUUAAGAAAAGACUACACAUCAAUGAUCUUUCUGAACACAAAGUCAAGAAGACUCUCUAUACAUGACUCGCUGGAGGAAUCUCAGGCCAGUUGUUUUGGCUGGUUUCUUAUCCAAUAGACAUGGUUAAAAACACCAUCCAAUACAGUCCCAAACAUUCUAAAAUGGUGCCAACUUUUCUGAGUUUGUACAGAGAAAAUGGAAUCAGGAGACUAUACCGAGGAAUCGUUCCAUGCUUAGUCGUGGGAUUUCCAGUUGGGUCAAUGAUGUUUGUACUUAAUGAAGCAAUUACCAAAUUCAUUGACAACACUUUAGAAAAGGUUAACAAAGACAAAAUGUAAUAAGAAUGUAAAAUCAAAUUUGGAUAAAUAUAGAAAUCUAAAU